AUGGUGACUGUCCACGCCGUCGCACAAAGUGGGUUCGGGAAGGGGACAAAUGAGCUAUACGACAAGGCUCGGCCGUCUUAUCAGCCCUACGUGUUAUCUCAUAUCCGAAAUGCCGUCAAAGGAGAAUCCCCUCUGAACAUAGUCGAACUAGGGGCAGGGACAGGGAUAUUCACUAGAGCUUUGCUCGCACACCCGGACUGGGCAUCUUCGAUCAAGUCGUUGCGGGCGAUAGAACCCAGCGAGGGUAUGCGAGAGGUCUUCAGUAAAAGCGUUAACGACGAGCGCGUGACCGUUACUGAGGGUACAUUCGACACCACCAAUGUCGAAGACGGAUGGGCCGACCUGGUUGUCGUGGCCCAAGCCUUCCACUGGUGUCCAGACUAUGAUCGGGCAGCUGCAGAAUUCGCUCGCAUCCUCAAACCCGAUGGGGUUGUGGUAUUGGUGUGGAAUCUCGAAGAUAGGGAGGGUGCAAGCUGGGUUGCUCAGUUGAGGGAUCGAUACGAGUCCUAUGAACAAGGAACGCCUCAAUUCCGCCUCGACUUGUGGCGUCAAGUAUUCGAUACCCCCUCAUACCAGAAGCAUUUCAAGCCACAUGAAGAAAAAAAGUGGCAGUAUAAAUUAACUUCUGACCUCAACGGCGUUGUCAACAGGGCAUUCUCCAAAAGCUACAUCAGUGUACUUCCAGACGAAGAGAAAGCCGCCGUCAAGUCAAGCAUUCUUGACAUCGUGCAUCGUGGAGACGAUCUCGUGUGGGUCGACAAAGAAGCCGGGAUUUUCGAAUAUCCGUACAGGACGCUCGUCGUGGUCGCCAGUAAACGACAGUAG